AUGAGGUCGGCGCAGCUGUGGAUGCUGGGCCUCGGGAUCGGGUUGCUGCUGGUGGGACUGGCCGAGGGCUACCUCGCUGUCCUGUCGUCCGACCUACCCCAAGGCACCGUCGUCUUCGAGGCGGGUGUGCCGCACUUGGGAGGCAAGCGGAAGUAUGCCGCGUCGCAGGAUCGCACCGCUUGGUUCGCACUCAAACUUCUCAAAGUACAUCCGCAUUCUGGCAGGGUGACGCUUGCCAAGAGCCUCAACUGCGAUGGGCUUCAGUAUCCCAGGCUGUUCACGUUCUACAUCGACUCGACGAGCUCGAGGCUGGGCCGGGCGACCAUCGACUAUUACAGCCUGCCGCUCAGGGUAUUGGUAACAGGAUGCGGUGGCGAGCACGACGAUCUGGCCUCGACCAAAGGAUGGAUGGCCGAAACAUUGGCCUCGUACGCGAUGCCGAGCACCGACAAGUUCACCGAGGUAUGCCUCAGGGCCUCGCAGCUCGUCGCUGCCCUCAGGGACUUUUUGCCUCACACCGCGCUCAAACAGUGCGAUACCAGAUGGGGUGGCGUAGCAGAUCCACGCUUCCUCGUGGAGGGUGCAGCAGGUGAUCUAGUCUCAGCGUCGGAACAAUGUCUCGUCGAUCCACUGUGGAAAGUGUCGGUGACGAUGACAAUACGUUGCGGUACAACUUACUUGGCUGACGCGGAACACAGGUUGAAGAUCGUCUUUCACCACCAACAACUCGACGAUACCGAUCUAGGAAGGCGCGUGAGACGAGAGCUUAGGAACCAGUCGCCAUUUUUCGAGCAGGCGCUUUAUCUCGCUUCCGUCGAGGAGGAGAGAGAACCGGGUGCUCUUGUUACCACUGUUAAAGCUAGAGAUCCCGAAGGUGGAAUUGUCAAGUAUUCGAUGAGUUCGUUACUGGACGCGCGUUCGCAAAGUCUAUUCAACUUGGACGCGGCUAGCGGUAAAGUAACGACAACGGCACGCCUUGAUCGGGAGAACGCCGACGUGCAUUAUUUCAAAGUACUUGCUGUUGACGACUCGUUUCCGCCGCGUACUGGCACCACCACCCUUCAGAUCAACGUCAUCGACACCAACGAUCAUUCGCCUACUUUCGAGUCGUCGGAAUACGAGGCGUCGGUUCACGAGAGUGUGCCCAUCGGGUCCAGCGUGAUAUCCGUCAAAGCUACGGAUCAAGAUCUGGGCAAGAAUGCCGAAGUGGAAUACUCAAUUAUCUCAACUACUGGUGGUGGCACGACGACGAUAUCCGAGGAUCAAUCGACAUUCAGAAUCGAUCCACGCACGGGUAUAAUAACAACGAAAACAUCGCUGGAUCGCGAGAAAACCGAGGUGUACACCAUCAUAAUUCAAGCAUCAGACGUGGCUGACGAUGAAGCUAACCGGCGAACAGCCUCGGCAACAUUGGUAGUGCAUGUGCAAGAUGAUAACGAUAACUAUCCGCAGUUCUCUGAGCGGACUUACAUUGUGAGCGUGCCCGAGGACUUGGAUUACACGAUAAACCCGGUGAUCGCCGAGAUCCGUGCUACGGACGAGGACACCGGUGCAAACGCCGCCAUACGCUACGCAAUAAUUGGCGGCAACACGCAGAACACAUUCCAAAUCGACUCGCAAACGGGCGAUGUGAUAUUAGUCAAAGCUUUAGAUUACGAGACCGUGAAGAAUUAUAAGAUUAUCAUUAGAGCGCAGGAUGGUGGUUUGCCGGCAAAAUCCAAUACAACUCAACUUCUCGUCAGGGUAAAGGAUGUAAACGACAACGUGCCGAGAUUUCACACGAGUCACUUUCAAGAGGCGGUUUCGGAAUCUGCGGCAAUUGGCUAUUCAGUGCUCAAAGUUCAAGCUUACGAUGCCGACGAAGGACCUAACGCUCAAAUCAAGUAUUCGAUCGGUUCGCGAGAUUUGAUCGGUGGUUCGACUGAGAAUUUCCCACUGGCCGUGAAUUGUGAGACUGGAUGGAUAUUCACGGUCAAACAGCUUGAUCGUGAACGAUGCUCGAAGUAUCAGUUUGUCGUGAUCGCGAGUGACUCGGGCGAGCCACCGAAGUCGGCUAGUGCUACUGUAAUACUAACUGUCACGGAUGUAAACGACAACGAUCCUUACUUCGAACCGAAGAGUUACGAAGCUAUUGUGUCGGAGAAAGAUCCCGCGGGGACACCUGUCACUACUGUUACUGCCACCGAUCCCGAUGAGGACGCCAGGAUUCAUUACGAAAUAUCGUCGGGAAAUUUGAGAAAUCGUUUCUCCAUAACAUCUCAAAACGGUCGCGGUCUAAUCACCAUCGCCCAGAUGUUGGACUACAAACAGGAAAAGCGAUUUGUACUAACGAUAACAGCCUUGGACUCGGGUGGUCGUAGCGAUACUGCAUUGGUAUACGUAAACGUAUCAGACGCAAAUAACUUCACUCCGGUAUUCGAGAAUGCGCCGUACUCAGUCUCGGUAUUCGAAGACGCGCCAGUGGGAACAACCGUGCUGGUCGUAAGCGCAACGGACUCGGAUGUCGGCAUGAAUGCGCAGAUUACGUACAGUCUUGGUAGCGAGGAGGACGGUGGGGCAGCAGCGGAAGGUAGCGACGAGUCGGUAUUUACGAUCAAUCCACAGACCGGUGCAAUUACCACUACGAAGCCAUUAGACAGGGAGAAAAUGGCCGGUUACCUGCUGACCGUCACGGCACGAGACGGAGGUGUGCCGUCGUUGAGUGACACCACCGAUGUCGAGAUUGCUGUGACUGAUGUUAACGAUAAUCCACCGGUUUUCGAUUCUCUCCAGUAUCAGGGAUCUGUGAGGGAGGAUGUACUCAUUGGCACGAGCGUCAUCAGAGUGACCGCUACCGAUAUCGAUGUCAAUCUUAAUGGCAGGAUAACUUACACACUGGAGGACGAUGGUGAUGGUUCGUUCGCAAUCGAUGCUGCCACAGGCAUGAUCCGAACGGCCAAAGCACUCGACCGCGAGUCAACGGCAAGAUACACUUUAAAAGCCAUAGCUACCGAUCGUGGCUCGCCACCACUAUCCUCCACUGUGAGCGUCGUGAUAAAGAUCGAAGACAUUAACGAUUCACCUCCCACCUUCGAAGCUGAUAAAAUAACGCUGUAUAUACCGGAAAAUUCACCGAUCGGCUCGACCGUUGGCGAGAUCUACGCGCACGAUCCUGACGAGGGUCCUAAUGCUAUUGUACAGUACACGAUCAUCGGUGGCGAAGAUAUUAACAGCUUUCAGUUGAGCUCGCGUUCUGGUGCCGAUAAAGCUGAACUGAUAUCUCUCAUCGAGUUGGAUUAUGAAUCUCCAAAGAAGAAGUACGAGUUAGUUGUUAGAGCUACCUCCGCGCCAUUGCGCUCGGACGCGAUUGUUCAGGUUCUCGUUACCGAUGUAAAUGAUAACGCACCAAAGCUCGAAGACUUCCAAGUGAUCUUCAACAACUUCAAAGAUUAUUUUCCCAGCACUGCCAUAGGUCGAGUGCCGGCGUUCGACGCCGACGUGACUGACAAAUUAACGUACACAAUUCUGUCGGGUAACAAUGCCAACUUGAUCAAUCUCAAUAAAACCAGUGGUGAUAUAACCUUAUCCCCACAAUUGAACACAAACGUGCCUCGCGUUGCGACAAUGGACGUAUCCGUAACGGACGGCAUCAACGAAGUGAAAGCAACGAUGACUCUCUCAGUAAGACUGAUCACCGACAAGAUGCUGCUCAAUUCGAUAACCGUGAGACUCGAAGAGAUGACAGUCGAAGCCUUUCUCAGUCCGUUGUUGAGUUACUUCUUGGACGGCUUAGCAGCCAUCAUCCCGUGUCCUAGAGAUAAUAUAUUCAUAUUUAGUGUGCAAGAGGACACUGAUGUGCAUAGCAAGAUUCUUAAUGUUAGCUUCUCCGCUCGAAGAAUCGAGCCUGGCUCCAGCGAAGAAUUCUACAGCCCGCAAUUUUUACAAGAACGCGUCUACCUCAAUCGUGAUAUUCUCGCAAAAUUAGCCAAUGUCAAAGUACUGCCUUUCGACGAUAAUCUGUGCGUGACUGAACCCUGCUUGAAUUACGAAGAGUGCGUUACGGUGUUGAAGUUCGGCAAUGCUUCUGGUUCUGCAAGUAGUGAUACCGUAUUGUUCAGGCCGAUAUAUCCAGUAACCACGUUUACCUGUCAAUGCGCCAAAGGAUUCACGGGAAGUAGAGAGGCCUAUUUGUGUGACACCGAAGUCAAUUUGUGCUACUCUAAUCCAUGCAAAAACGGCGGUACAUGUAGAAGAAGAGAAGGUGGUUACACUUGCGAUUGUCCGAUAGGCUACAUCGGCAACGACUGUGAAAUAUCUUUAGAAAGGGAUGCUUGUUUGACAAAUCUGUGUAAAGGUGGCUCUCAGUGUAUAAACAAAGUCAGUGGUGGAUUUUUCUGCAAUAACUGUCCGGUAACGCCUUUGGAAAAUGUAACACCUUUGUGUCAAUUAAAAUCGAGGAGUUUCGCAUUAAACACUUUCCUCACCUUUCCCUCUCUCAAGCAACGACAUAGAUUACACUUGAGAUUAAGAUUCGCCACUGAAGUUUCCGAUGGUUUGUUACUGUAUAAUGGUAGAUAUAACGACAGACAUGAUUUCGUCGCCUUGGAAAUUAUAGAAUCUAAAUUACAAUUUAGUUUUUCUCUGGGUGAUGAAAUCACAACAGCAGUUGCUGAAAUACCUGGUGGUGUGUCCGAUGGCCAGUGGCAUGAAGUUCAAGUAUCUUAUAUCAACAGAUCAGUUAUAGUGUCUAUUGAUGAUUGUGAUAUUUCAUUGGCUUUAAGAUUUGGUGAGAGAUUGGGUGAGAAAUGGGCGUGUGCAGGUAGAAACGAACAGCUUUUGGAAUCUCGAUGCAACGAAGUCACCGAAACUUGUCAUCGAUUCCUCGAUCUUACGGGACCUCUUCAACUUGGUGGUUUACCGACGAUACAAUCCAAGUUUCAAGUGCGUAAUAAGGAUUUCGUUGGUUGCAUCAGUGACUUUUACAUAGAUCAUCAAUUCGUCGAUCUCAACUCAUUUGUUGCGGAUAACGGGACAACUUCCGGCUGUCCUGAAAAAAGACAUUUUUGCGCAUCGAAUCCCUGCUACAACAAUGGCAAAUGCAGGGAAGUCUAUGCCGGUUUUGUGUGCGAAUGUCAGGAAGGUUUCGCAGGCCCCCAGUGCGAGGACGAAGUGACCAAACCCUGGAGGUUUCAUGGCAAUGGCUUGCUUAGUUUCAAUCCUCUACUAAAGCCAAUCCAGUUACCAUGGCUUACGGGAUUCAGUUUAAGAACGAGAAAUCAAGACGCCUUCAUCAUGACAGUCCAGAUUGGUCAGAACAGUUCCAUCCUAUUUGAAGUCGUUGGUGGACGACUGAUAGUAUUGGUAGACGGUGCUGACGUUAUUAGAUCGUGGUCUAAAGUUUCCGACGGUGAAUGGCAUAGAAUCGAAGUACGUUGGCAGAGCGGUCAAGUGACGCUAGACUUGGACUAUCGUAACAGGCCCAUAACCCAAUCUCUUCCUGUAAAACUACAAGGUCUUUAUGUUGGUAAAACACUAAUCGGUGGCUCAGACCGGUACUUCAUCACUGAACUACCGUUCUUCAGUGGUUGCUUAAAGGAUGUACGUAUCGGUACCAAUCAGACAAUCCUUCAAAGACCUGUCAUUCAAGACAAUGUUGGCGAAGGAUGCGAAUCUGAUGAAUCAUGUCGAACUGACUGUUCUGAGUCAACCAAGUGCGUGACUAAGUGGGAAUUAAGCGAGUGCACUUGUUUGGAAGGUAGAGUUGGACAGGGAUGCGAAAGGAUAUGUGAUAUCAAUCCUUGCAGCGAAUCUGGUACCUGUAUUGAAAAAUUGGGAAGUCGAAGAGGAUAUGACUGCCAGUGUAAUUCGCCUGAAUACUCUGGAGAUUAUUGUGAAGUCAAAGCUGAACAACCUUGCCCAGCAACUUGGUGGGGUUCGCCAGUAUGUGGUCCUUGCCAUUGCGAUGAGUCUCGUGGUUAUGAUCCUGCCUGUAACAAAACUACCGGUGAAUGUUACUGUAAGGAGAAUCAUUAUCAGCCUCCUGGAGAAAAAGAAUGUAUCGCUUGCGAUUGUUACGCUACCGGUAGUUAUGGACCACGUUGUGAUAUUCUCACCGGUCAGUGUAGAUGUAGGACCGGGGUUAUAGGUAGAGAUUGUACUGCCUGUCCCAAUCCUUAUGCCGAGGUCACGUUGAAGGGUUGUGAAGUCGUUUAUGAUGCUUGCCCAAGAUCUUUCUCUGAUGGGUUGUGGUGGCCUCGAACUAAAUUCGAUCAAACAGCGAUCGAAGAUUGUCCCGGCACUGCUGAAGGCAAAGCUUCACGUCAAUGUUCCGACAAACUCAAUGGCUGGCAAGAACCAGAUCUCUUUAAUUGCACGUCAGAGGCAUUUAUCGAACAGCGUCACCAACUUGCUGCUCUCGAGAUGAACGAACUCACUUUUAAUACCUAUAUCGCAGUAAAAAUGGCAAUGGAGCUACACAAAGCAGUCAAUGCCACAAAGAACAUGUACGGUGCUGAUUUGCUUGUUGCUGAAUCUUUGCUCACAGCUUUGUUGAAGUACGAAGAGAGUUUGGCAGGCUUGAAUUUGACGCAUAGUCAAGAUAGGGAUUACGUGUCGCAUUUGGUUGAAAUAACUGGAGCAAUUCUACAGAAUAAAUACGCUAAGAACUGGGCGAGGAUUGAAUCAUUGACCGGAGACAGUCCCGAUACUAUUAUGGCUGCGAUAGCUGAAUAUUUGAAAACUCUCGCUGUAUCGCAGCAUGAUACCUAUACUAGUCCCUUCGAAGUGGUUAAUCCUAAUGUUGUUUUGGGUCUGGAUAUCGUUACGUCCGAGAGUCUAUUUGGCUACGAGCCAGCAGAGCACAAAGAAGAUAUAUCUCUCUCGACAGCGCGACCAACCGAGGCUGAUAAAAAAGUUGAGUUACCCGAUACCUCAGCCUUCUUUGUAUCGCCAUUGCACAUGGGUCCAUCGAUAAGUUUUCCCAAAUACAACAAUUACAUGUCUGACCCAAACAAGUUCGAUCCCUAUUCGAAAGUACAAGUGCCUCUCAGUCUGUUGGGUAUUCAAGAUGUCACCCAAGGCGAUCUCAAUGUGAAAAACAGUUUAAGUAAUCAUAAGGCCGUGUUGAGUUAUGUGCAAUAUCGUGAGCUUAGCUCUCUUCUUCCGAAAAGAUUCGACGAUUCGGUGAAUAUAAGAUGGGGAGUCGAAGUAGCAAUCGGAUCGCCCAUUGUAACGGUAUCCGUAUUAGUGCCAUCGGAAACUGGAUACGAAACGCUGACGGGGAUACCUCUUAAAUCGCCCGUUCGUGUACAGCUUUGGCUUAGCGAGGACGACGGCUUCAAGACUCGCAUUAAUCCUCAGUGCGUGCAUUGGAGUACGGCUCGAGGAAUUGGCGAAUGGAGCCGACUGGGCUGCACGACGGAGGUCGAAGAAACAGCGGUGCCCCUCGGCGGUGUCGUCAACUGUUCGUGCAUCAAGCUGUCGACGUUCGCCGUACUUACGGACGUUCUCGAUCUCGAGUACGUACCCGAACCGUCGCUUCUCGAGGACGUGACGAGUUACAGUGCAUUCGUCAUAGCACUGCCACUCUUGCUCACAACCAUACUGAUUCUGGCGUUGAUUCGCGGGGGCGAGACAAAUUCCAACAGCAUCCACAAGAAUCUCGUUCUGUGUGUAUUUUUAUCCGAGUUAUUGUACCUGGUGGCGCUGAAAGCUAGACAUCAGCUAGUCGGCAACGAGUUUCCCUGCAAGCUUGUGGCCAUUGGGCUGCAUUACACUUGGCUGAGUACUUUUGCAUGGACCCUCGUCGAUUCUGUUCACCUUUAUCGGAUGCUCACCGAGAUGAAAGAUAUCAAUCAUGGCCCGAUGACGUUUUAUUACACACUCGGUUACGCUGUGCCGGCCAUCAUUGUUGCGUUGACCGUUGGAGUCAGGGCUGACCAAUAUGGAAAUUUCUACUUCUGCUGGCUGUCUAUCUACGAGAAUGUGAUCUGGUCGCUGAUCGGGCCAACCUGCGCAAUCGUAUUCUUGAACUUUUGCAUCCUGGCGUUUUCAGUGCGCGCAGCGUUCACCCUCAAAGAGCACAUAGCCGGUUUCGGCAACCUGCGCACACUUUUAUGGCUGUCUGUCGCCUCGUUACCAUUACUCGGCACCACAUGGACAUUAGCGGUACUCAGCGCAUCUGAGAAUUCGCCAACUUUGAUGUACAUGCUGAGCGUAGCAGUCGUGGCACACGCCACUUUCAGCUUAGUUGGCUACUGUUUCAUCAACGGUCGAGUGAGGAGAAAUUUGUAUCUGAGUUUGCUGAAGUGUGUUGGGAAAAAGGCGCCGCUGCUCGACGUCAGCGUCGCCAAUGGGAGUAGUAGUCAAAACGUCACCUCGGGACCUGCUCGGUCUGGGAUCGCGUACUCGUCGACCUAUGGAGGGACCGACGCAAACUCCAAAAGAGUCCACGUCGGAGUGUCGACGAGUAGUGAAACAUCCCGAAGCACCAACAAGACCAGCUCGAGCCCGUACAGAAGCGACAACCAGCUCCGUAACACGUCCACCUCGACAAGUAACUACAACAGCGAUCGUGGAGCUUACGUGCCUAAGCGAAGCAAUCUGCUCACGAGGAUAUCCAAGAGACACGAGUCGAAGCAGGAACGCGAGAAGCCGAGGCGCGAGUCGGAGUCGGACUCGGAUGCGUCACCACGCGAUGGCCGAGGCCGUCCUAUAGACAUGGCAAGCUCGCACAGCUCCGACGAGGGGGACGACACUGCCAAGUCGUCCAAGCCAAAGCCGCACAAUAACAUCGUCGUCUCAACGCAACAGCACCAGGAGUCUUCGCAAUCGCCUGUUUCCCACGCUUACUUGCCGAAUAUCUCGAAUGGGCCGCCCGAGCCGUUGAACGUGUUACACUGCUCGAGCACCGAUCUGUUCCCGAACAUCAAGCCCAUUUACGCGCCGAGGUGGAGCUCCCAGUUACCGGAACCUUACCCCGCUACGAACAUAGACGCCCGAGGUAGUCAGUGGUCUGGCGGUACGAUGUCGGACAACGAGGCAGCCUCGACAAAAGCAGUCAGCCCGAAUCCACUGUCUUACGCCGAGUUGAAUUUGCACCACCCGAAGCUACAUCCAGACGAGAACUACUCGGAGCUCGGCGAAAAGUUCCACUCGGUCGACAAAUACAUGUAUCCGUAUACCGCGCCCGAGGACGCGCAGCAGCAUCAGCAGCAAUUGCCCGUCAGUCAGUCAAUGUCGCCCACCCCGUACAUGCUGUCGAUGCCUUCGAGGAUAUUGAGCUCCAGUAUGAGUCAUCACUCGCAGGGUUCGAAUCCCGAUAAUUAUACUAACGGGUACGAGAGGUACGGCAGCUUGAAGAGGGGGCAGGCUCUGCACAAGAUGAACGCCGACAAUCUUGGUUACGCUAGCGAUAGGUACGGAAGUUUGAAGAGAGGUGGAAGUCUGCACGGCUCGUACCACGACAACCUGAACACAAGCAUGGAGAGGUACGGUAGCCUGAAGAGGGGAAAAAUAACGCCGACCAUGCUCGAGGAUACGACUGACUACAUAAUGCCGAUAAGCAGUAGGACGCUGUCCGGCUCUUUGAGCCACGACCUCCAGAAGCACAGCAACGAACUUGCAGCGCUGCGACAGCUCCAGAUUCACCAACAGCAAAUGCAGUUCGAGCAGACCAUAGCCGAGACCGAGUGA